AAUACUGUGUGUUCUCUUCUCUGAGAGACCCAGUAACCAGACAGACUGACACCAUGGGCUGUGAGAGAGGGUUGUUCCUGACUGCUGCUCUGCUGGCUGUCUUUUCAUGCAGUGAUGCUAUCACCGGCGGGCGAGAGGCGGAGGCCCACUCCCGUCCCUACAUGGCCUCGCUGCAGGUCGCCGACGGCGGCAGGAUGAAACAUGAGUGCGGAGGGUUUCUGGUGGCUGAUCAGUGGGUGAUGAGUGCCGCCCACUGCUUUCUCUCUGGGUCAGAAGGGAGGAAGGUCGUCCUAGGGGCUCACUCUCUGAACGAACCAGAGGAUUCUAAACAAACUUUUGACAUUGUUCAAGUGUUCAGUCACCCUGCUUUCAGCAUAUCUAACUAUGAUAAUGACAUUGCUUUGGUCAAGGUAAGCCGGCCAAUCGUGGCCAGUGAUGCUGUAAAGUCCCUGAAGUUCCAGCGUGACAGUGCAGCUGACCCAGACACGGACCAGGAAGUCAACACGGCGGGGUGGGGGUCACUGAACAACCUGGGGUCACGACCUGACAAGCUACAGGAACUGGUCAUCGCUGUGAUGAACCGUGUUCGAUGCGGCCGCAGUGACUACUAUGGCAGGAAGUUCACCAACAACAUGCUGUGUGCUGCCAGCACACGCAGCGACACCUGUGAUGGGGAUUCUGGAGGUCCUCUCCUGUAUAAUGGUGUUGCAGUUGGGAUCACUUCAAAUGGAGGGAAGAAGUGUGGAUCCAGCAAGAAGCCUGGUUUAUACACCACCAUCUCCCACUACAGCCAGUGGAUAGACAGGACCAUGACCCAGUAGAAGCCUGGUUUAUACACCACCAUCUCCCACUACAGCCAGUGGAUAGACAGGACCAUGACCCAGUAGAAGCCUGGUUAUACACCACCAUCUCCCACUACAGCCAGUGGAUAGACAGGACCAUGACCCAGUAGAAGCCUGGUUUAUACACCACCAUCUCCCACUACAGCCAGUGGAUAGACAGGACCAUGACCCAGUAGUAGGCUGGUUAUACACCACCAUCUCCCACUACAGCCAGUGGAUAGACAGGACCAUGACCCAGUAGAAGCCUGGUUAUACACCACCAUCUCCCACUACAGCCAGUGGAUAGACAGGACCAUGACCCAGUAGUAGGCUGGUUAUACACCACCAUCUCCCACUACAGCCAGUGGAUAGACAGGACCAUGACCCAGUAGAAGCCUGGUUUAUACACCACCAUCUCCCACUACAGCCAGUGGAUAGACAGGACCAUGACCCAGUAGAAGCCUGGUUUAUACACCACCAUCUCCCACUACAGCCAGUGGAUAGACAGGACCAUGACCCAGUAGAAGCCUGGUUUAUACACCACCAUCUCCCACUACAGCCAGUGGAUAGACAGGACCAUGACCCAGUAGAAGCCUGGUUAUACACCACCAUCUCCCCACUACAGCCAGUGGAUAGACAGGACCAUGACCCAGUAGAAGGCUGGUUAUACACCACCAUCUCCCACUACAGCCAGUGGAUAGACAGGACCAUGACCCCAGUAGAAGCCUGGUUUAUACACCACCAUCUCCCCACUACAGCCAGUGGAUAGACAGGACCAUGACCCAGUAGUAGCCUGGUUUAUACACCACCAUCUCCCCACUACAGCCAGUGGAUAGACAGGACCAUGACCCAGUAGAAGCCUGGUUAUACACCACCAUCCCCCCACUACAGCCAGUGGAUAGACAGGACCAUGACCCAGUAGAAGCCUGGUUUAUACACCACCAUCUCCCACUACAGCCAGUGGAUAGACAGGACCAUGACCCAGUAGAAGCCUGGUUAUACACCACCAUCUCCACUACAGCCAGUGGAUAGACAGGACCAUGACCCGGUAGAAGCCUGGUUUAUACACCACCAUCCCCCACUACAGCCAGUGGAUAGACAGGACCAUGACCCAGUAGAAGCCUGGUUAUACACCACCAUCUCCCACUACAGCCAGUGGAUAGACAGGACCAUGACCCAGUAGAAGCCUGGUUUAUACACCACCAUCCCCCACUACAGCCAGUGGAUAGACAGGACCAACAGAAGCAGGUUAUGUCCCACAUGUCACCGAUUUCCACAUGUAGUGCACUUCUUUUGACCAGGACUCAUAGGACCGUGACCUAGUAAUACAUUAAAACAACAUUCAUUAUAUUAUAUCACUUAAUGAAACAUAUAAUCAUACCUUAUGUAAAAAUCACCCCAAUAAACCAUUCACAUGAAUCAAUAAA